CCUCGGAGUUGUCUCCGAUCCUUCCCACACUCUCGUCUCUCUCCUUCUGGCCACAUAUUCUCUCCAGGAGCACAAAACCAUUGGCAGAAGCUCCGAUCCGAUCAAGAAUCGCCGAUUGCUCAACCAUAGGAAUAAAUGCCGUCAUGAUCCGUGCCGAUGCGCUUCCCUUGGAUCUGACUCUCGCCGCCGAUCCUUGCAUCUCCCAAUAAAAUGUGGCCGACAGAUCCCGAGAAUGGCCUCUCCCCCAAGAGCACCAUCGGCGUCGAUGUGUACAACCCUCCACCGCUGCACUGGACGAGCCUCCUGUUGCUGGCGUACCAGAGCUGCGGCGUGGUGUACGGCGACCUGAGCACGUCGCCGCUGUACGUGUACAAGGGCACCUUCUCCGGGUCGCUGCACCGGUUCCUGGACGAGGAGACGGUGUUCGGCGUCUUCUCCGUGGUGUUCUGGACCAUCACGCUCAUCCCGCUGCUCAAGUACGUGUUCAUCGUCCUCGGCGCCGACGACAACGGCGAAGGCGGCACGUUCGCGCUCUACUCGCUGCUGGUGCGGCACGCCAAGUUCAGCCUGAUGCCCAACCAGCAGGCCGCCGACGAGGAGCUGUCGGCGUACUACAGGCCCGGCUACUCCACGGAGGACACGCCCAUCCUCAAGGCGCUCAGGAACUUCCUCGAGAAGCACAGGAAGUCGCGGACGUUCCUGCUCCUCAUGGUCCUCUUCGGCGCGUCGCUCGUCAUCGGCGACGGAGUCCUCACGCCGGCCAUGUCAGUGCUGUCGUCUUUCUCUGGUCUCCAGGUCCACUCCAGUGCGUUGACACACGGUGAGGUGGUGCUGCUGUCGUGCAUCGUGCUGGUGUGCCUCUUCACCCUGCAGCACUGGGGGACGCGCCGCGUGGCCUUCCUGUUCGCGCCCGUCGUCGUCCUCUGGCUGCUCCUGCUCGCGGCGCUCGGCAUCUACAACAUCGCCGUGUGGAACCCGAGGAUCCUGCGCGCUAUCUCUCCCUACUACGUCGUCAGGUUCUUCCAGCGCACCGGCAAGGACGGCUGGAUCUCGCUCGGAGGAGUGCUGCUCUCCAUGACUGGCACAGAAGCUAUGUAUGCAGAUCUUGGCCACUUCACAGCUGCAUCCAUAAGGAUCGCGUUCGUGGGCCUCAUCUACCCGUGCUUGGUGCUGCAGUACAUGGGGCAGGCGGCCUUCCUGUCCAAGUCUCCCCACUGCAACAUCCACUUCAUCUUCUUCGAAUCCAUCCCCCGUCCGGUCUUCUGGCCUGUCCUGGUGAUCGCGACGCUGGCGGCGAUCGUGGGCAGCCAGGCGGUGAUCUCGGCGACCUUCUCCAUCGUGCGCCAGUGCACCGCGCUGGGCUGCUUCCCGCGCGUCAAGAUCGUGCACACCUCCAACCGCAUCCACGGGCAGAUCUACAGCCCCGAGAUCAACUGGAUCCUCAUGCUUGUGUGCCUCGGCGUCACCGUCGGCUUCCGCGACACCGACCUCAUCGGCAACGCCUACGGGAUGGCGUGCGCGGGUGUCAUGGUGGUCACCACGCUCCUCAUGGCGCUCGUCAUGAUCUUCGUGUGGCAGCAGGGCUUCAUCCUGGCGGCCAUGUUCCUGCUGGCCUUCGGCUCCGUCGAGUGCGUCUACCUCUCCGCGGCGCUCAUGAAGGUGCCCCAGGGCGGCUGGCUGCCGCUCGCGCUGUCGCUGGUGGUGGUGGCCGUCAUGUACGUGUGGCACUACGGCACGCGGCGGAGGCACCUCUUCGACGUCCAGAACAAGGUGUCGCUCAAGUGGCUGCACGCGCUGGGCCCCAGCCUCGGCAUCGUGCGCGUCCCGGGCAUCGGCCUCAUCUACUCCGAGCUCGCCACCGGCGUGCCCGCCAUCUUCUCGCACUUCGUCACCAACCUGCCGGCGUUCCACCAGGUGCUGGUCUUCGUCUGCGUCAAGGCCGUGCCCAUCCCGCACGUCCGCUGCUACGAGCGCCACCUCAUCGGGCGCAUCGGCCCGCGCGAGUACCGCAUGUACCGCUGCGUCAUCAGGCACGGCUACAAGGACGUCCCGGGCGACGACAACGACUUCGAGAACGACCUUGUCGUCCGCAUCGCCGAGUUCGUGCACAUGGAGGCUGCCGAGGCCGCCGCCAACGCCGACGACCCGCGCAACAGCGACGCCUCCGUCGAGGGACGCAUGGCCGUCGUCGACCGCCCGUUCGACCUGUCCCGUACGGGCCUGCUCAUGCGGGCGCCGCUCCCCAACCCGGAGGACAGCAUCGUCGUGCGCGCGGCCACGGCCGCCGCCACCGCGGACAGCAGCAAGACGGAGACGAUCCAGUCGCUCCAGACCAUGUACGAGGCCGAGUCGCCGGGGUUCGCCAUGCGGCGGCGCAUCCGGUUCGAGAUCGACGACUCCACGAGCGAGAGCAUGGACCCGGCGGUGAAGGAGGAGCUCAGCGCGCUCGUGGAGGCCAAGCAUGCCGGCGUCGCUUACAUCAUGGGGCAUUCCUACAUCAAGGCAAGGAAGAGCUCGUCGAUCAUCAAGAAGAUAGCCAUCGACGUGGCUUACACCUUCCUCCGCAAGAACUGCAGGGGACCUGCCGUGGCGCUCAACAUUCCGCACAUCAGCCUCAUCGAGGUUGGCAUGAUCUACUACGUCUAGCCCAGCAGCUUAAUUUUAUUUUAUGUGUACGUGUUCAUCAGAUGAUUCAGUUGUUUGAACUGAGGCUAAUUUAAUUAGGCUUGAGGGUGGAUUAUAUUCUUCAGUGUGAAUAAACACAACAUUGUAUGAAGUGAAGUCCCUUCUCUCACAAAUCAAAGUCACCACUGUGGCAG